UUCUCCAUGCUUUUCGUGCUGCUUAUCCCAACAACGCAUUGCAAAAUCUGCCGAUAUUGCACACAGUCGACAGUGUAUUUGAUAUCAUGGGAGAUGCCCUGGAGUAUCCAGAUGUUCUGCAGGAAGUCCGUGGUUGCAUGACACCUGGUCGCCUGAAGUUGCAGUCCUCUAAUGUGACAUUCAAGAAUAUAAAGACUGGUAUUGUUGACCAGUACCAAACGGCAGAUAUUGAGAAGAUCCAGUGGUUGAUUAGAGCCAGGGGUCACUGCCUCAAGGUCGUGACUGGUUCCAGUGUCUACAGAUACGAUGGCUUAAAGGAGAGUGACUUUAGCAAAUUGUCCACGUUCUUCAACAAAACAUGUGAUUUAGAAAUAGUCAAGAAGGAUCUAUCGGUCAAGGGAUGGAAUUGGGGAGCAGCAAAGUUUGUGGGAAAUGCGCUGGAAUUAGAAGUUGGCAACAACUUGGCCUUUGAUGUACCACUGUAUAACGUCUCGCAGAGCAGGGUCGGUAAAAAUGAGGUGACGAUGGAGUUUCAUCCAAACGACGAUGCAGCUGUCUCAUUGAUGGAGAUGAGGUUCCACGUCCCACCAGAUACAACAUCUCCGGAUGCUGACCCUGUUGCCGAAUUUCACGAAAGAAUCAUGGGAAAAGCCGACAUUAUUCAAGCAACCGGCGAUGCAUUGGCAAUCUUUGAAGAAAUACAGUGUCUCACGCCAAGAGGUCGGUACGACAUCAAAAUAUUUGGGACCUUCAUUCAACUUCAUGGAAAAACAUACGAUUAUAAAAUUCCACACAAAACAAUUCUGCGAUUAUUCCUGUUACCACACAAAGAUGGACGACAAAUGUUUUUUGUGGUGAGUUUAGACCCACCCCUCAAGCAGGGACAGACGAGAUAUCCAUUCCUGAUCCUGUUGUUCCAGAAGGAGGAAGAGAUGACGUUAGAAUUAGCCAUACCGGAGGAUGAACUUGAAGAGAAAUAUGAAGGAAAACUGACCAAGGAAAUGAGCGGCCCAAGUUAUGAAAUAAUCAGUCGUGUAAUGAAGGCGCUUCUGACAAGGAAGAUUACAGUACCGGGAAGUUUUAUGGGCCAUUCAGGUACACAAGCUGUCGUCUGCUCAUUCAAGGCCAGUUCUGGAUACUUGUACCCAUUAGAGAAGGGCUUCAUGUUCGUCCAUAAACCACCCAUUCAUGUCAGAUUUGACGAGAUUGGAAGUGUCAACUUUGCCAGAAGUGCCGGCAGUUCUCGCUCGUUUGAUUUUGAGAUUGAGACGCAAGCAGGGACCAUGUAUACAUUCAGUAGUAUUGAGAAGGAUGAAUAUGGGAAACUUUAUGAUUUUGUAUCGGCAAAGAAGCUGCAAGUAAAGAACAUUGGAGGCAGUAAGAAGAUGGGAAGUGUCUACGCAGAGGAUAUGGGUGGAAGUGAUGAUGAGGACAACCACGAUGCCUACCUCGAGAGGAUGAAGCGUGAGGGAAAACUGCGCGAUGAGGAUGACGACGACGACGACAGCUCUGAUGUCUCUUUCAAACCAGAAGGAAGUGGAAGUGAUGUUGCUGAAGAAUAUGACAGUAACGUUGCCACGACAACUGAUGAAGACGAGGAUGAAGGUUCGGGUGGGUCGAGCGUUGAUGAAGAAGAAAAGGCCCGGCGACGGUCAAGAAAUGAAGAAAAGGCCAAGGAGAGGGAGAAGAAGAGGGAACAAAGAGCGAAGGCUCCUCCUGUGAAACGAGAACCGAAGGAAAAGAAAGAACGGAGGAAGAAGAAAGGAACGAAGAAGGAUCCGAAUGCUCCCAAGCGGCCAAUGGCGGCGUACUUCCUUUGGUUGAAUGACCACCGCGAGCAGAUUAAGGAGGAGUACCCGGGCAUCCCAAUCACAGAAGUGUCGAGAAAAGGUGGUGAGAUGUGGAGAGUGAUAACUGCCGAGGAAAAAGCGAAAUAUGAGAAGCUUGCUGUAAAAGCAAAGGAGGAGUACAAGGUUGCUUUGGCAGAGUAUGAGGCCAACAAAGUGGAGGCUGCUGACUUUGAUGAAGAGGAAGGGUCGCCCAAGGCUAAGAGAGAACGUAAACCAGGCAAGAAGAAAUCUCCUACUUCGUCUAAGAGUCCAAAGAAGGAGGGCCAUGCCGGUGCUGGGUCGAACUAUAAGAGCAAGGAGUUCAUCUCGAGUUCAUCUGGGUCAAACUCGUCAGAUAGUGAUAAGCCUUUGAAGAAGAAGGCAAAAAAGGAGAGGAAGAGUAAAAGAGGGAAGAAAGAUGCAUCCGAAGAAGAGGAGUUGGAGUUGCCGUCAGAGGAAGAGAUCCUGAGUGACCCACCAUCAUCGGGCAAGGGAUCAAAAGCUAGUUCUGAUGCCAAGUCUGAUUUGGAGUCAUCUGGUGGAUCGGACUGAAUAAACAUUAAGGCUACAACAUCGGACAAAAUAACGUUUUUGAUCUGAUUAUUGUCUGGUUGUAAACAUCUUUGACUAGACAAGCUCAUUCAUGGAUUUGAAGGAAUGGAGUGGAAAAAACAAGCAUGAAUAGUUACUGUGAGAUAAGAGAGACCCAGCCUUCAUGGCUCCUGCUUGUAAUUUAGCCUGCUCAACAUAUAUGUACAUGUAGUCUAGUAAGGAAAAUGACUUGAAGUUAUCAUGUUUGGUUUGCCAGUUUGUGUUCAACGUCAUGUGCUUUUGACCAUGUGUUCAGUGUACAGUCAAACUCAAAAUAAAGUAAACGUAAUGGCCUGUAUUUACUUGUCCUAGAAUUGUUAUCACCAUACGCACAAGUAAUGACUUGUUAAAACAUUCCGCUAGCGAUAGUGAAUGACAAGAAGGUCAGCGAGGUGACGUACCGGUACGAUGAAUAUCUCAACUGGUGUAGUGAAUGAGGAUGAUACGAUACAGAAGAAAAUACAGUAGGCCUACUGGCGCUGGAAUGUCUGAAGGAAGGUCAUGAAGGUCAAUCCGCGUGCCGUGUGAGAGCUCUGUAUUAAUACGCACAU